UCGAUAGUUCCGCGGUCACAUUGUGACGUGUAAAAACACGAAAACACUAAAAAAUGGACGGAUUUAUGAUGGACAUUAUCAAGGGCAUGUGCAUCAUGGACAAUGACGGCAACCGCAUUCUGGCCAAAUACUACGACAAAAACAUUCUGUCCACGUUGAAGGAGCAGAAGGCUUUCGAAAAGAAUCUGUUCAACAAGACGCACCGCUCCAACACAGAGAUCAUCAUGCUGGACGGCCUCACCUGUGUAUACAAGAGCAACGUGGAUUUGUUCUUCUAUGUGAUGGGCAGCGCCUACGAGAAUGAGCUCAUUCUGCUGUCGGUGCUGAAUUGUUUGUACGACUCCAUCAGCCUCAUUCUGAAGAAGAAUGUGGAGAAGCGCCUUGUGCUGGAGAAUCUGGAGAUUAUAAUGCUGGCCUUUGAUGAGAUUUGUGAUGGAGGCAUAAUUCUGGAUGCGGAUCCCUCGUCGGUGGUGAAACGCGUCGAUCUGCGCAACGAUGAUAUUCCCAUUGCCGAACAGACCGUUGCUCAGGUACUGCAAUCGGCGCGCGAGCAACUCAAAUGGUCCAUACUGAAGUAGAAGGGUAGCGCUCGCGGGAGGCGGAGGCGCCACUUCCGCAUCGUGUCUGUCGCAAUACAUUCGAUACUUUCCCCCGCUCCAAUUGUUUCCGCCUAGCUGUAAACACAUACCAUAAUACAGAUUUAUACAUAAAUAAUAAUAUAUUUAACUAGAGA